AUGGCACAUAUAGAAAAGUUUAAAGAGGUAUACGACUCGCUAAAGGAGCGCGGUAUAAUCGCUGCGGAUCCAGUUUUGGAAGUGGAAAUGCCGACAGUUCCGGCGCCGCCACCGAAAUUUGCCGUCUUUGAGGACGAGGAAAAAGCCAGGCUUUUGAAGGAACUUUUGCAGAGUAAAAACCCCGAAGAUCUACAUACAGCUAAUAGAUUGAUUAAAAAUCUGGUUAGAACGGAGGAUCAAAAAGUCGAAAAACGGAAUAAGCGAUCUGAUGACCUGGAUCAAACUGUGCAGCUUUGUCAUUUGAUGGAGGCCGCAUUGCGGAAAGGGCCUACGACACAUUCACUGGCUGACCUUCACGAUCACCUCUCAGAGCUUCGGCCAAUCAUGUUCAAAUACGCGAACGACGCGGCCGAAAAUUCGGAUGAAGCCUUAGCCGAGAUCCUGCAAAUUAAUGAUACUAUUAAUCGCUUGUUACAUGAUUAUGAGGCACAGAAGGCAAAAAGGCGAGGAAGGGCGGGAUCCAGCUCGACAGCUCCUUCCACUACUCAAGUCGAUCUGUUCGAUGAUGUUCCAAUUCCGCUGCCAAACCCUGUACAGUAUCCCUUCUCCCCGGCCCCCUCUACGUCAGCCCUUAUCGACAACUUCCCCUGUCCUCGGGUCGUGGAUGCCGCGAAUCAUCUGAUCGGUGCUCCAGAAGACGUUCCGUUCAUCGGAUUCGGGAGUACGAACAACACACCACAACCUAUCCGCCGAGACGAUAUUAUCAUCGCCAGUCCGGUGUCUCCCGGAAUCUGUAUCGUUUUCCGAACAGCAGAUGCAAUUAUCGGUCGAACAGCCAAUUUCAAUCAUGGAACGAAAAACGUCAAAAUCUUGCUCCACUACAGCCAGAAUUCGCCUCCAGGCACCACCGGCGUCAGAGCCGGUCUGAUCUCGAUCCUCAACUUCAACACGCACCCUGUGCAAAACAUCAAGUUUCUGGUAUACACGAACGAUAUGAGAAUAAGCUGUCGAUUACUGUGGAAGGAUUGCCAGGGAAAU